AUGUCCACCGUUGCUACUCGAAAUGGGAAUGGGCUCACAUCGCCCUCUGCCUCUGAGUCCAGUCAUCUAGUACCCACGUCACUACUUGACGAGGAUGGCAUCGCACUAUUGAAGAAAAUCCAUGGUAUUUUGGCUGUGAAAGCGCCCGAAGUCAUCCAACUUCUGGACCAGUUUUUGGGUAGGUUACCAUUUAUCAUUAAUGAAGCUGUGGAUCGUAAUAAGAAGCUCAGAUCGCUUGUUCUUCAUGGUGAGUCGGAGGUCAGGGGCGAUCUUUCUCCAUCUGCGCGCCAGGCACACACGGAGAAGGUUGUCGCCGGAAUGCUUGAUUCCCCAAUGUUGAGUCCUGCCGAAGUGUAUCGGAUGGGUCAAAGUGUGGGGGAAAACUUCGGCUUUCGUGUUUCAUUUGACAUUUUGUCUAAGGCACACAGAUUGCACUCGACGCACGAAUAUAAAGAUAUCUAUAUACGAAAAUCAAUGACUAUUGAUGAGCGUAAGAAGGACCGCGAUCUGCAGGAUAGAGCACGCGAACAACAGGAAAGAAGGCUCGUAGCCUAA